AUGGCGACCCCCGCGGCCUGGGCCGCGGCCUGCGAGAAGUUCCGCGCGUCGCUGUCGCUGUCGCAGGUGCAGUCUCAGAAGGACCCGGAGAACGACCCGUACAAGUCCAAGUACCGCGCCCGGGAGCUGCUGCAGGAGGUGAAGGCGCUGCUGGGGCCCGCGGCCGACGAGGACGAGGACGAGGAGGCCGGCGGCGGUGAUGGGGGCGGCCCGGGCGCGGAGGAGGGGCCGGCGGCGGAGCGCGCCGGGCCGGGGGCCAGGGCCGGGGCCGGGGCCGGGGCCGAGCCCAGCGCGCGGGCCGUGCGUCUGGCCGCCGUGGAGCUGCAGCUGGGCCUCAACCACAUCGACACGGAGGAGCUGGCGGCCGGCGAGGAGCACCUGCAGAACUGCCUGCGCCUGGUAUGCCGCAGUCGCCUCGAGCCCGCCGCCGUGUCCCUGCACCUGCAAGCCCAGAAUAACCUGGGUAUCCUGUGGUCUGAGAGAGACGAAAUUGAGACUGCACAGACUUACCUGGAGUCUGCAGAAGCGCUGUACAACCAGUAUAUGAAAGAGAUUGGGAACCCUCCUCUUGAUCCCAACGAGCACUUUCUGCCUGAGGAAGAGAAGCUCACGGAGCAGGAGAGAUCCAGAAGAUUUGAGAAGGCGUAUACUCAUACCUUGUAUUACCUGGCUCAAGUCUACCAGCACUUGGAAAUGAUUGAGAAAGCUGCUCAGUAUUGCCACACCACUCUCAAACGCCAACUGGAAUACAGCGGCUACCACCCCGUAGAAUGGGCUAUCAAUGCUGCCACCUUAUCCCAAUAUUAUAUCAAUAAGCAAUGUUUUAUGGAAUCCAGGCAUUGUUUGUCAGCUGCAAGUGUCAUCUUUACCCAGGCCGAACAGACUCCAUCAACAGAAGACACUGAAACAGAGCAAGAACAGCAAGAUCUUCGUCAAAGGAGAGCAGAAAUUGCCCGGUGCUGGAUCAAGUACUGCCUGAAUCUCCUGCAGAACGCGCAGGCCUCCCUGGAGGACAACAUUGGAGAACUUGACCUUGAUAAACAGUCUGAACUUAAAGCUCAGAGGAAAAGAGAGGAAGAUGAGAAAGAAAAUGGCAGGAAGAAAGUUGUGCUCUUUGGCACUAGUGAUGUGUGUGACGCCAUCUUGGCCAUAGAAGAGAAGGUGGCCUGCGUGCCCCCACUAGACUUUGGGGAAGCCAGAGAGGUGUUUUUAGUGGGCCAGAACUAUGUCUGUGAGGCGAAAGAGUACUUUCAGGUUGACGGGUACAUCACUGACCAUAUCGAAAUUGUCCAAGACCACAGUUCUCUGUUUAAGGUGCUUGCGUUUUUUGAAGAGGAUUAUGAGCGGCGUUGUAAGAUGCACAAGCGGAGAAUAGCUAUGCUAGAGCCCCUCACUGUAGACCUGAAUCCACAGUAUUAUCUGUUGAUCACCCGGCAGCUUCAGUUUGAGCUCGCCCACACCUACUAUGAGAUGAUGGAUUUAAAGGUGGCCAUCGCCAACAGGCUAGAGGAGCUCGAUUCACACACAGUAAAGAAAAUCAAUUCCCUGGCUCAGUCAGCCAUCAAGUACUAUGAACUCUUCCUCGACUCCCUCAGGGACCCCAAUAAGGUGUUUCCAGAGCAGCUCAGCGAAGACGUUCUCCGCCCUGCUCUGGUAGCCAAGUUCCACAUCGCUCGGCUCUAUGGUAAACUCAUCACUUGUGAUGGCCGGAAGGAGCUAGACAACAUGCAGGCCUCUUUGGAAUACUACAUGUUCUUGGUUGACUACUGUGAGAGGUACCCCGAAGCCGUGCGUGCCGUAGAGACCGAGCUAGAGCUCAGUAGAGAGAUGGCGGGGCUGCUUCCGGCCAAGAUGGAGAGGCUGCGGGCCAAGCUGAGCCCUUUUACUUAAAGCCUCGUCCAGCACGUCCAGAAGUGUGCAGUAGAGCAGUGUUGGUGGUAGUCCCAGGCCCCCUCCCGGAGACUUGCCUCUAGUGAGCAGAGAAGCACAGCUAGCGCGCCAGGCAGGGCUCCCUUCGACCCGCUUGUCAGUAAAACGACUCCAUGGUUUCCUCUUGAUUUUGUACAUUUCUUCUGUAAAGUAAACUUGUGGUUAGUGUUUUAGAUGGCUUGUUUCCCAUCUUUCCUGCCUUCUUCCACCACAAGAUCCAGUUUCUAAAUGUGAGUUAACUUGCAGAAUAGUACUUAAGGGGCGACCCAGAGGAAGAUUCUGGACGAGGUAGCUGGUGGACAAAAGUUGCUGUAUUUUUAAAAGAAAUACAGUUUUCUAGAAGAAAAAAGGAAGCAAACCAUGAACUUUCUGCAGUUCCUCCUUCUAGAAUCCUAACUCCCCAAGAAAUGUUUACCCAUUACGUUUUUAUGGUAACUAACCCAUAAUUUAUUUUGUAUGUUGUAAAAUUCUUUGUCUAUAUUAUAGGAAAAAAUUAUGAGGGCUGUAAUAAACAGACUUGCUUCACUAACAGUA